AUGGGUCUUUCCAAAGUGAUGAAAAGAAGGCAACAACAGUGCUCAUUCUUCAAAUCACUUCCACAAGAUCUAGUUGUGGAGAUUGUGGCUUCUGUAUCCGCUUCUUCAUUAUCUGAUCUUUCUAACAUGAAGUUGCUUUGCAAGGAUAUGCAUGAAGCUGCCACAGAUAAUUAUGUAUUUCGGCAUGCUUCGAUUGAAGCACUGCUCACAAUUGAAUGGAGAAUAUCUUCCCAAGCUUCCUCAUUCUUAAAGCAGUGCGAAGCCAGUGGGAAUCCAGAUGCACUUUUCAGGCGAGGGAUGAUUGAGUACUUCUCUAAGGUCCAUAUUGAAUUCGGAGUUGAUCUUUUGAAAAAGGCUGCUGAUUGUGGCCAUUUAGAAGCCAAUUAUGUACUGGGAAUCAUACUGAUUAGUGGCCAAACAUCAACGUCUGUAGGAAUGAAACUUCUAAAAAAGCUGGAGAACAUGAAAAACACUGAAGCACACAGAUGUCAGACGAGAACUAAAAAGAUACUUCGUGAAAUUUGGAUCAAUGCCAUCAUCCCUCGGCGGGAAUCGACAUGCAUUGAUCCUAAUUGCAAAAAUGGAGGUCUGAGAGGAUUACCGAGAGUAGGAGAAUGGUCAUGGAGUGACCAAGAGGAGAGCUUUUGCUCUCAAGUGUGCAAGUGGAACUAUGAACUUAAUUUAUUUUGUACAGCUUUAAUUGGUGUUUAG